CGGGUACUCGACGAUAUUAUUUUAUGCAGUCGAUAUUGAAGAGUUUCAAGAAUGUGGACACUUAGAUUCGUGGUCUAGUUAGAAAUUUUAAACGUUAACAGUGACAGUGAAAGUCGGACGUCCCGAAGACCAAUGUGUAUGUGUGAGGAAACUGAAGACUGUCCAUCUAAAAUGUAUAAUUGACUGACAUGGAAUGUACUUAACUAACGAAAAUGGACAAGCAAACUGGACUUUUGAAGGAACUUUUGGAAAAAUUACUGGAACCAAACAUCAGAAUCAACACCUGUGCCAUCGAAAGGUUAUUAGACCGACUUGAUAAGAAAAACACAACAGUCACGCAUCACACAAAAAUCUAUUCGAAAUGGAUCCAAACAGCCCUGAAUACCUGGAACGGGGAGAGACCGAUCGAGGUGGCAGCCUUCCUCGUCAACUUGUGCAGUGUCAUGUGUAAAAAUGAAGUGAAGUUACUGCUGCUGCUGAAAAUGAACAUCCUCGAUCAAGCCAUUCAUGUCUUAGGCCUGAAUCGACCUGGACUGGAUCACCGUUUGAAAGUGCCCUACUUGAAAUUGUUGAGGUCAUGUAUGAAGACGAAGUUGGGACUCGAUUGGGUGAUCACGACCCAUCAACACUGGUGUCACAUGUAUGUCAUUCCGGAUAUGAUUACCUACGAACCUAUUAGAACUGAGUUGCCACGGUUUAUCGUUGAAAUGUUUUAUAAAGUUGUGGAAGUCAAUCGACUCUUUAUUGUCAAUAUCAUUCAGACAAUGUUAGACCCCAUGAUUAGAAUGAGUGACUCAGUAACGUCGAACAAUUUAAACGAAAUGUAUGAACAACUGUGGUAUGAAAACCUCAUCAGUCUGCUGACUUUUAUCAAAGACAUGUUUGAGGUUUUUAUCUGGAAAAUUACUGACCAACUUUACUACAAACUCUUCAUGAAAUAUAACCAGCUGUACAACAUGGAAGAACGAAUGUUGAAAAUCCUAAAAGCUGUUAAGUCUAAACAGUUCACUCUGGACUGCAGUCGAAUACUUUUGCCCAUGUACUACUUUAACAUUUCCAUUUUAACCAGCCAUAAAGAAACCGUGCCUUUCGAAACGAUUCAAGGAGAGAUCGACAAGAUUCUGCACGUGUUUAACGUUAAUUUCGAUCGUGGAUAUGUUGACAAUGUUCUAGAUUUGUGGUUCACCGAAUGCAUCUAUCGUAACAACAUGCGGUUACCUGUAACUUACGUAACCCACAACAAAGUGCGAGAACCAUUUUCCUUCGAGAUACAAUUCCUUAUAAUCCCUUUAAUACCACUUUUGUCAUGGAACACGCUGAUCUUAGGAAAAAAUCUGGGCAAAACUUUAAUGGAGGACGCAUUCAGGGAAGAGUUUGUUGAACAAUUGCUGACGCGCACCCAUCAAAUGAUCGUCAACACAAUCUACCAUUGGAGGAACAAAUUAAUUACCAACGGAAAUUUGCUGGAAGAGGCUAUUUUGUCUCUGGAAUAUAUACUGAAGAGCAUGCAUCUGUUUUCUCAAAAUUGCGCCAUACAAGUGUUCAAAACUCUGGUGUACAUAUUGGGUGAUUAUGUGACUGAUUUAAUUAAAAAAGAACAAUCCGGAAAUAUAAGGCAGCACUAUUGUCUUUCGUUGCUCCUGGAUAAUUUAAUAACGUGUAUAGAAAAGUUUGAUCUCACUUGGAAGGACAGCAUAGAGACGAUUGAUGUCAUGAAUAUAUCCACUGAAAGCAUGAAACUGCCCAAUUUAGCUCCAGAGUUAGUGGCUAAAUGUUUGAAGCUCCUAAACCUUUCUAUAACAAAAUAUAUGUCUCCAAAUCUGGCGUUGCUCAUUGAAACAAGUGACUCAAAUCUGCACAGAAUCGGUAAAAUAUUGUCUAUGAAACUGAGGGAUCCAGAUUUAAAUGUUAGGAGGGCUGGAUUUGAAGUAUUAUUCACAUUAUCUGAUCAUGCCAACACAAAGUUUCCCUAUUUUUUGAAGAUAAUACUUGAAUUUGGAUUGCAUAUUAUGGCUCUGAAUGCUGCUGUUGGUAAUGAUUUCGUCGAAGUCAGGAAACAGGCUUUACUGUGUCUUCAACGAAUGGUUAUUAUAAGGGAUAUUUCUUGCCAUUCUAUGGAUGUAUCUAAACUACAGGAAAACCUGCUGAUCAUUCUUAAAGACAACCAACAACAAGAAGUGCACAAGCAGGCUUUAGACUUGGCUAGAGUGUUGGUUGAACAAGACCAUUUCCCUGAAGCAAUACACGACGAUUUAUACGAAAUCAUGAGUGAUUUUGGUCUUCAACAAUCCAACGUGGAAUUAAGGGCGGCUGCUUUGGACAUUUGCCUAAGCAUAAUGAGAUGGCUGUUAAGACAGGAAGGUUAUGUGGAUUCCGAAUUUCCUCAAGCGAUAUUCUUGAAAAAGAAGAUUGUUGUGCUGGACUCAGAACAAAUAAAGCAACGAGUAACAAAGAGCAUGUACAAAUUUAGUAAAAUAGGUUGUUUUGGUGUUAUACUUUCUUGUAGAAGGGAUAAGCAUCCAAUUUUAGUAGAAAAAUCUUCUUAUAUUAUAUCAAGAAUAUUUAAUCUUUUCCAAAAGUACAAAAUUUCGCCAGACUUGUUUGAAGAUUCUCCAGAAAUGGAUAAUUUACAAUUAAUGAUUACCGAUUGUUUAAAUAAUAUUCAAACGAACGGCGUCAAUUUAGAUUUAAUCGAGAUGUUGAAUAAUACUGUUUCUCAGAACUCAGCAAACGUGCCACAAAAAGUUAUAAAUCCUAGGGAUUUCUUACGAGCCCUUGCUGAGUUAAAAGUUGAAAACCCGAACGACCAAGAAAACGCCAAUGAAUUGGAAAACUUCCUCAGCGAUAUAUUAGAUAGUUUAACAAAAAUGGAACUGUAAAAAGAGAAUUAUUUUUUCAUAUUAUUUUAAAAUAUCAUGGCAAUACACUUGCGAGAAACUGUAAAAUGUCUCUUCAGUGUUGUAUCUUUUUCCCGUAAUUGGAGAAACUAGAUAAUUAAAGAUUUAUUUAUUAUUUGUAUGCAUUUUGAUUGUAUUUAUGUGUAAAUGGUGUUAAAAAUAUGAAAUGUAAUUUGAAAAAAUAUAUUUUUUUAAUGUUUUCUACUAAAUGAUAUGUGUUUCAAUAAAUAUUAAACUAUCUAAAAU